UGAAAUUUACAAAAAUUGUUUACAAACAUCAUACUCGUUGUUCCGACCCGCUGGAAUCUACUUUGUCCCUAUUUGGACCGAAAAAACUCUAAAAGUUACAAUAAUAAUGAUUUAUAAUCUGUUAUAUAUGAUUCCCUUUAUGAAGUCAUCUAUUUGUUAAUAUUCAAAUUGCAAUAAAUUUCUAUUUUAUCCAAUUACAAAUAAAACACGCUCACUACAUUCAACGUCAAUAUGGUUAUGUUAAGAGCGUUUACGUACAUUGUUUUAUUUUUAACUUUAUAUAUCUUUUACCUUACGAAUUCUAUUUUACUUGAACCUUACAUGGAUGAAAUUUUUCAUUUCCCACAAGCUUUAAAGUAUUAUAAAGGCAAUUAUUCAGAUUGGGAUCCAAAAAUCACUACUCCACCUGGAUUAUAUAUUUAUUCAGCUGCUGUUCUUCAUCCAGUGUCAUGGAUAUCAACAUUAGAUGUUGCUAAGAUUCAAUGUUUUCGACUUGUGAACAUAACAUUUACUAUUGGUACUAUUUGGGUUGUUUUUGCCAUCUAUAAACAUUUAAUAAAGAAUGAGAAGUUUCACCAAAGGGACAAGACGAGAAUUGCUGUACUAUCUUCAGUUAAUAUCACCCUAUUCCCAGUUUUGUACUUUUUCAAUUUCUUGUACUACACAGAUUGUGGCUCUACUUUUUUCGUUCUGCUUAUGUACUAUUGGCAUUUGAAAAAACUCUUCAUAUCGGCUUCAGUUGUUGGUGCUAUCACACUCUUUUUCAGGCAAACUAACAUUGUAUGGAUAUUUUUUGUUGCUGCCGAUGAAAGCUUAUGUUGUUUGAUCAGCAUUUUGCAUAAAGAAUUGAAAAAGAAAGACAAGGAUUUUGCUUAUAAAAAUUUUUCCCACUUACUUAAGAUAACUGUUCCUCUUCUCAAAGAAAACUGGAGAAAAAUAAUUCUUAACAUACUUUUACUCAAUGCUGGUUACAUCAUUGUUGCUGUUUGCUUCUUAGUUUUCGUCAAAAUAAAUGGUUCCAUUGCUCUUGGCGACAAAGAAGCUCACCAAGUAUGCCUCCAUAUCCCUCAAUUGUUUUAUUUCUUCACUUUCUUUACGUUUUUUGCCAGUCCCUAUGUGAUGUCAGCUGACAGUUGUAAGCAGUUCCUAAAAUUUGUUAGACAUCAUAAAAUGCUUGUGUUUGAAUUAUGCGCAGCAUGUGCAUUUUUUAUAGCCUGUACCUCACAUGUUCAUCCAUAUCUUAUCGCUGAUAAUCGCCAUUUCACUUUUUACAUAUGGAAGAGACUACUGGGGAGGAAUGUGUUUAUGAAAUAUGGUUUGAUACCUGUAUAUAUAUUUUGUGGGUGGUCGUUAGUAAAUGCCUUAAGUCACAAAGACUAUGUGCUGAAGAUCAUGGUUGGAUUUUGUAUUUUUAUAUCAGUUGUGCCACAAAGAUUAAUAGAGUUCCGAUACUUUAUAAUUCCAUAUAUUAUGCUAAGACUUCAUCUUAAAGUUGAGUCUCUAUGGCAACCGUACUUGGAAUUUAUCUUAUAUACUUUAGUUAAUUUUGUAGUGUUUUAUUUAUUUUUCUUCAAAACAUUUUUAUGGGAGGAUUCCUUAGAAAUUCAGAGAUUUAUGUGGUAAAAUAGAGUUGAAAGAGACUGUUGAUUGCUUUUGAGCUUAUAUAUGUUUGUUUUUUUACAAAAUAACUAUUUUGUAGGUAAAUAACUAUUUUGUUGCUAAAUUUUUAUAAAAAAGAAUAUGCACUACAUUUGUAGAGAAAAUUAUUGCCAGAUAACUUUUUUUCAUAAAUGAUGUUAGGGUGUAUGUUUAUAAAUAUUUGUAUGUGUUGUUUAUUUAUGUUAAAUAUUGUGUACGUAGUUAAUUUAAUUUACUUUUUUGAGAAAUUUAUUACUAAAUAACGUUUUUAUAGUGUCUUGUUGUUUUGUUUGUAUAAACUUAUACAUUGUAUUUAAACAUGUUUCUGUGUUUUAUUUCUUAAUACUAGCUAGUAUUGAAUGAAAUAUUACUCAAAGCUAACUUUUUAAGACUUCUAAAUACAAAACAAAUGAAUUUUUAACAUGAAAUGUUAAUUUAAUAAAUAAAUAACAAUUUUUGUUAUUGAUUACUACUGUUUAUCUUUUUAUUGUGUUAAUGUUUUUUCUUUCUUUAUUGAGUGUAAGUUGUGAUUUUUUUUUCAUUCUUUGCUAUGGUGUCUUUGUCUAAAACCUUUAACUUCAAGACAAUUUUAAAAAAUUGUACUGUCAUAAUGCAUAUAUAUAUAUGUUUUAUUAUAAACUUAUGUGUUUGUAAAGUUAUGAUUGAGGCGCCUUGUAACUAAUAACUUAAUUACGUACUUAAAUUAAAAAACUUUUUUUGCAUCCAAAAUU